AUGGAUCUGGCCGCCUUCGUCGAUCGGCUGCGGAACGGCUCAGCCGCCAAGUUCCCCGCUGACGCAAACACCUUGGCCUUUGCCCAAAAGCUCGAUUCACAAGACCAGCUCAAGCACCUGCGGGAUGAGUUCGUGCUGCCCACAAAGGGCUCACUAAAGAAGAGAGCCUUGGAUGGCUCGAUCCCAGGACAAGCUGCCAACAAUGGCAUCAACGGCACCCACAACACCAAUGGCGCAGGGGGCCAGUCGGCAGAUGCCGACAAGCCAUGCCUCUACUUUGUUGGCAACUCUCUCGGCGCUCAGCCCCGAGCUGUCCGAGACUACCUGAAUGCUCAGCUGGAGACGUGGGCUUCGAUUGGCGUCAACGGCCACUUCACCGACAUGGACAACUCGCCCCUGAGGCAGUGGCAGGACAUGGCCGAGGACUGUGCCAAGAAGUCGUCUGAUCUUGUCGGGGCCUCGCCGCAUGAAAUCGUCAUUAUGAACACGCUCACCGUCAAUCUCCACGUCAUGAUGGCGAGCUUCUACAAGCCCACCGCCAAGCGGCACAAGGUUAUUCUGGAAUGGAAGCCCUUCCCGAGCGAUCACUACGCCAUUGAGAGCCAGGUUGUCUGGCACGGCCGCGACCCCGACAAGAGCAUGGUCAAGAUCGAGCCAGACGAGAACAGCCUGAUCCCCACAGAGAAGAUCCUCCGGACCAUCGACGAGCACGCCCAAGAGACCGCCCUCCUCCUCCUGCCCGGCAUCCAGUACUACUCGGGCCAGCUAUUCGACAUGGCCAGGAUCACAGCCUACGCCAAGGAGCGCGGCAUCGUCGUCGGCUGGGACCUGGCUCACGCCGCCGGCAACGUCGAGCUGAGGCUCCACGACUGGGACGUCGACUUUGCCUGCUGGUGCACGUACAAGUACAUCAACGCCGGACCCGGCUCCAUAGCCGGCGCGUACGUGCACGAGAGGCACGGCCAGGUCGAAUGGGCCGGCGGCUCGGGCAGGCCCUCGUACCGCCCUCGCCUGGCGGGCUGGUACGGCGGCGACAAGAGCGUCCGCUUCAACAUGGACAACACGUUUGUGCCCACCCCCGGCGCGGCGGGCUACCAGCUCUCCAACCCUUCGGCCAUUGACCUGGCGGCGCUGUCGGGCGCCCUGUCGGUGUUCAACAAGACUUGCAUGCGCGACCUGCGCUCCAAGGCCCUCGUCCUGACGGCCUACGCCGAGCUGCUGCUGGACCAGAUGCUGGAGGAGACCAAGGGCGAUGCCGCGCCCAUAUUCACCGUCCUCACGCCCCGGGAUCCUCUCCAGCGCGGCACCCAGCUCAGCGUGCUUUUGAGGGACGGCCUGCUGGAGAAGGUCUCGCAGGCCUUGGAGGAGAACGGCGCCAUUUGCGACAAGCGCAAGCCUAAUGUCAUUCGGGUCGCGCCUGUUCCUCUGUAUACCCGGUUUGAGGACGUGUGGGCUUACAUGCAGGUUUUAAGGGGGGCGUUGGGGCUGUAG